AUGACCCUUAUUAUUGCAUCUUUAUUUUUACCAUAUGGUCCUCAAUUCGACAUGGAACAUUUAGAUGAACAGCUUUUAUUCAAUUUGGAUCAAUCUUUAAUUAAUAUAGACAACAACCAAUUGAAAAAGUUAAGAGCUGCUUCGCCAGUCUAUACCAACAUGGCAGAUACACAGCAGUGCAGACAAAGUCCAGUAGAUUUGGAUACAAACCAGUCCAUGGACCCAUAUUAUAAUAAUCACAGCGGUAAUUCUAAUCAUACCACUUCCCAAGAUUCUUUGCUCGAGAGUUAUCCGUUACAAAGGAUUAAAUCAAACACCUCACUUGAUCGAAUACUGACUUCUGAUGAGUUUAUGACCAAUUUAACAUCGCAUGGGUCUAAUACAAUAACUCCUCCUAUUCAAACAAGAAAACCAACUCUACCAGAUUUUGAAGGCAGUAAUAUCGAUACUAUUUCAUUAGAUGACAACUUUUAUGGCAUUAGUGGUAAAAAAAAUAUAUCUGUACAUGAUUUCUUCAAAACUAAAUUAAUCAACAAGAACAUUAACAACAUGGGCAAUAACACUAAUUAUAAUAUCAACUCACUUUCCUCAGGAUGUUUGCCUCAUCUUAAACUUAACUCAACAAAAAGUAGUGAAUAUCUUUUGAAAAAUGUCAAUAGGUCAAUGGUACUGAAAUCAACUUUAAAGCAUUCCUUCUCAAGUAGCCAAAUUCCAACUACUAAAUCAAAUAAAAAGAAUCAAACAGCAAAAGUUAAUUACUCUUCGAACACUCGAGAAAAAAUUCUAGAAAAUGAUAAAGAACAAGAACAAAAAGAAAAUAAUUCUAAACAAUUUGUACCAAAAUUUGGUGGGUUUCGUGAUAGAACCAAUUUGAAAUUAAGAACAAUAAUGAUGCUUCAUAAUCAACAAGAAGUUUUCCAAAAUAUCCCAUGGAGAAUAGUAUCACAACCUUUCUGCAAUCAAUCUCUACGAGACUCGUUACUUGAUUAUCCACCACCCCUCGACAACGAUAAUAUCAACAAUAUUACUGAUGGUACUGAAGCUGACACUUACAACGAUAAAGUAGGUAUCAAUUGGAUAGGUACUAUGGGCAUUCCAACUGAUGGAAUCCCCCCUAAUGUAAUAAAUCAAAUUCAAGUACACUUAGAAAAUAAUCAUAACUGUUACUCUGUGAUGGUUGAUGACAACACUUUCAAUAAUGCAUACUUCAUUUUUUGUAAAAAAAAUCUUUGGCCUAUUUUACACUAUCAAUUACCUAUGAACAAUAUUGAAUCUCCAUUUUCAAAACCUUCUCAUUCGUCAAGUGAUGACUCAAUCAAUCCAUGGGAAAGUUAUGUUCAAUUAAAUAAAGCAGUAGCCCAACAAUGCAUCCAAAGAUAUAAAGAGGAUGAUACAAUCUGGGUUCAUGAUUAUCAUUUAAUGUUGGUCCCUAAAAUGAUUAGAGACAAAUUACCAAAUGCAAAGAUUGGGUUUUUCUAUCACGUUUCAUUCCCUUCUAGUGAAUUGUUUCGUUGCUUGUCAAAUAGAAAUGAUUUAUUGGAAGGUGUCCUUGGUGCUAACUUAAUCUCUUUCCAAAAUCUCGAAUAUAUGAGACACUUCUUACAAACAUGCAAUAGGAUCCUUAUGGCAGAUAUAACUAUUCCAGAUAAAGAAAUUCAAUAUAAGGGACAAACAACCAGGUUUGCUUCCAUACCAAUGGGAAUAGAUCCCUUUAGAAUCCAAUCAAAGGUUGUGAACGAUGUUAGAGUUAACAAUUGGAGAAAUUUGAUUAAAGAGAAAUGGAAUGGAAUGAAACUUAUCAUGUCAAGAGAUUCAUUAGAUGGAUUUAGUGGAUUAAUACAAAAAUUGAAAUCGUAUGAAUUGUUUUUAAGAAAGAAUCCAUCGUUGAUUGGUAAAGUGACUCUUUUACAAAUAUGCAGUACAUCUCCUAAAGGAACAGACUCAAUCGAUGUUAAAAGACAAAUAAUGGUUAUUAUUGAUAGGAUCAAUUCAUUUUCUUUUAACAUUAAUAGUCCACCACCAGUCAUGUUUUUACAACAAGAUUUAGAGGUUCCUCAAAUCUUGGCAUUAUACUGUGAAUGUGAUUUAUAUUGGGUAAAUUCAUUGCGUGAAGGUAUGAAUUUAACAUGUCAUGAAUUUAUAACAUGUUCGUUCGAUAAACAUUCACCUCUUAUGAUAUCCGAAUUCAUUGGCUCGGCAUCAAUAUCAAAGAAUAAUGCACUUUUGAUAAAUCCAUGGGAUCUUGAUAAUGUGUCCAAAAUGAUUAAGUAUGCAUUAUAUGAUAUGUCACCAAAAUUAAAGAAAUUCAAAUGGAAAAAAAUGAUCAAAAAUAUUAUCAAUAAUGAUUCAGAAGCAUGGCUAUCUAAAAACUUAUCUGUGAUUAAUAGCUCAUGGGAGCAUAACUUAGAAAGAGCUACUUUAAAUAAAAUGACAUAUUUUUCGUUAAUUAGGGACUAUCAAAAUUCCAAAAAACGAUUGUUUCUAUUUAAAAUAUCAUCACCACCUACAUCAUAUAUGAUAUCUGUAUUGAAUGAUCUUUCUGCAAAUAACAAUCUUGUCUAUGUCAUGAGUUCAUUUACCAAAACCAAUUUAGAGAUUCUAUACAGUCGUGUAUCCAACAUUGGAUUCCUAGCUGAAAAUGGUGCCUAUCUUAAAUUAAUUAAUGGAUCAUGGUAUAAUAUAGUAGAUAACACGGAAUGGAAGCCAGAAGUAAUAAAAGUUUUUGAUGAUAGGGUAGAAAGGUUGCCUGGAUCAUAUUAUAAAAUAUAUGAUUCGAUGAUUGUGUUUCACACGGAAAAUGCGGAAGACAAAGAAAGAACCUCAAGUGUUAUUGGUGAAACAAUGAAUCAUAUAAAUACUGUUUUUAAAGAUUCAAAUAUCCAUGCGUUUGUCACUUCGAAUAAUAUCAUGUGUGUACAACAAAGUGGAUUAUCUCUAAGAGCUUUGAAGUUUAUAUUGAGAUUCCACAACAGUUUUAACAAUAAUAGCACAAUUGGCAAUGACCUUGUGGAAACAGAAAGUUCAUUACUCAAUAUACCAAUAACUACAGAUGCUAAAACGGCACGGCCAACUAAUGGUGAUCUGGAAAACGAUAUUAAUAACAAUCAUGAAAAUCAUCAGUCACUUACCCAACAGACGCCUAUUGACUUUGCAUGUGUUACUGGUUCUUCAUCACCUAUUAUUGACCCAAUAUUUUAUUUCAUCAAAAAAGAAUUCGAUGCUAGUAAUAUCAAAUACGCUCAUACAGUAGUUUAUGGAUCCACACAAAAUACCCAUGCAUUAGAACAUGCCAACGGGUUAAACGGUCUUAUGAAGAUCAUGUCACGUCUAAAUACUUGA